AUGCCUCGCGAGCCCGGUUCACCCAACCAGGACGAUUUUCACGCUGCGUUGACGAUAAGCCUGCAAGAGUCUCUAAAGACUGCUAAGGAAGUCAUUCCAGUAUUCAUCUCUGGUUUAAACAGAACCCCGCUUCUCCGCAGCUGGUUGAGUCUGUUGCAACUCAAACUCAACGAACUACCCAGCCCGUACGACUUGUUGGCACUCAACACUCAAGCUCUAGCCAAACUAUCCACUCGCCUAAAGGAGCUGUUGUGUCAGCUAGAUGGUUUAACAUAUCAAGACUCGUCGGAAAAUCUCAAACCAUUGUUGGCAGUGACAAGCAGGCCUGACAUCAAUCUCGAUCGGGCGGCGCAGGACGAAUCUCAAAUUCUGGAAACUUGCGAGUUACUUCAGCUAGCUAUUGACAGGGCGUGGCCUAGAUCAGCAGCCGGAGUUGGAGAUCUAAUCAUGGAUCAAAAUGCUGCCAUGGAUCAAGUCGAGGAUGUUUUGCGCGAAGCAAAAAAUGCCAACCAAGUCUGCAGUCGCCUGGAAAAACUUUAUGAGCUUCUUUCAAAGAAACUACGCGGCUGCAAGUCCUCGGAACACGUUGCCAAGUUUCAUCUGUCCGGACUUGAUGACGGUAUCAUCGGGUUCUUAUUCUCUAGAUGCGGUGGAACGCAGGGCUGGCAUCCGAUGCCAUGCAAAAUCCAUCAUGGCAAAACGAAUCACCACGUCCACAACAAUGGGCCUAGUGGUAGACCUACCAUGAUCCCCUUCCGCGGAUGCAAAGACUUUCGUCAUGCGGAGACGUUGAACAAGACCUUGAAUAAGUCUCUUACGUUGAGCCUCAGCAAAGGCCAGGAAAUCUUGACAGGAUCUGUCCCGAAGAGUCAACUUGCCCGAGAAUACGGAACUGUCCCCGAGAAAUUUCUGACCCUCAAAGAGGUCCUCGGUGACAACAAGCCAGACCAGACUGCGAGGGCGACCACAAAGGCAGGAUGGUGGUACACCAGUCUCAUGGCCAGAUUAUCUCAAACGCCCGAGCAGGAGUUAAACGAUGGAGAGCUCGACUACAAAUCUUCCUUCACGAAAAAUGUGGCCACCGUGCAAUAUCUUCUCUCCGAGUCUGUGCUCCAUCUCUACAACAGUCCCUGGCUUCUAGAUAUUUGGCAACCCGACCACAUUGAGUUCCCCAAGGAUGGUACCCUACUAAAUUUCAGAAGGCCAUACUACCCCUCUUCUUUACAAGUUGAUUCGUCACAGGAGUCGAUACCGGAAAAAGUCGACGUUCCAGACCCUUAUGACCACGCAGAAAUGUUCAUGGCCAAAUUUGGACUGUUGAUACUUCAACUCCAACUCCAACAAGCCUUUCCCUUGGAGAUGGAGGACCAAAGCGACGAUAUAUGGCCGUUGAUUGCCCUGGGACGCUAUUACGACGAUUUCAAAGAGUCCAUAGAGCCCAUCAAGGAAGUUGUGGAUGCUUGUCUGGAUUUCCGACGACACCUUUUUGAAGAGCUAGAUGCCCAGGACGAAAGCGACGCAUUCAGGUUUCGCAUGGUUUUCUACAAACUUAUCUUGAUGCCUUUGAGAGUAAUCCUUCAGCUGAACUUCCCCGACGUUGCCAAAGACAUCGUUUGCAACACGAUACCUCAGGAAGAGGAUCAGGAAACUCUAAACACACAACCACGAGAAGGGGCGACAGCGAUCGAACUCAAUGGCGUCUCUUCGAGAGCGGCAUUCGAUCCACAGGUUCUAGGAGAGACUAUGCUGAAAAGACCUAGUCCAGCCUCGUCAACGGAAUGGUUCAGCAACCUUGACGUCUUGAACGAGUAUCUGACUGCCCAGACUUGCGAAGGUAGUGAAAAUUACGACAUGAGCCGUGUGAGGGUUGCGGUUAUUGACUCUGGGUUACGGGAAGAACGUCAGGGAGACGCAUACAUCACCUACCAAAACUUCAUCGAGACGUGGAACGACGCCCACAAAGAUAACCCACAACACGGCACAAACUCUGUAGACCUCGUACGUAAGGUCUAUGGCCGCGCGGAUAUUUAUGUUGCAAAAGUCUUCCAGGGAGACGAAGCAGAUGGAAACACAUCAAAGUAUAUGGCUGAGGCAAUCCAGUGGGCCAUCAACAAAAAGGUCGACAUCAUCAGUAUCUCAGCAGGGUUCAAGGAGGAAUGCCACGAGGAACUAGAGGCCCAGAUCAAGAUGGCCACCGCCGGAGGUGAAGCACCUGAGAUCCUCGUCUUUGCUGCCGCUUCCAACUGGCAAAACAUUAACGGCGUUGCCUACCCGGCCAGCAUGACGGAUCGGGUGAUUGGCAUUUUCUGCUGCAAUGGUGGGCUGAAAAGCUCCAGGCAGUGGAACCCCAACCCUCGAAAUCACGCGGCAAAUUUUGCUAUGCUCGGAGAAGACGUGGCCUUGGACUCAAGUGCGAGACUGCUCGGGGGGACGUCUGUGUCUACGGCCCUAGCAGCUGGGCUAGCGGCAAAGUUGCUCGACUUUUCUCGUCAGCCAGAUAUUCAGACAUGGAUGUCCAAGGCCAAUCGAGAGAAGAUGAAGACAAAGGCAGGGAUGAGUGCCAUUUUGAAAGAAAUGUCACGAAACAACGUGAACGAGGGAUACGAAUGUAUAGCUCCAUGGGAGAUUCUCCCUGCUGAUGCGGCUUCUGGCAUUGCAAGUCGGGAGAAGGUCAGGGAAGCCGUGUGUACGAUUAUCAAGAAGGCCAUGAAGAAAGUGUAA